AUGGAACACCGUACAUAUCUUUGGCUGCAUCUAGCCAUUGAUGACAUCCGUACUACCUUGAAGCAUAGCCUUCGGCCCGGAGCGAACUUGAUCACACUGGUGCCGCCUUCUGUGAAUGCAGCAUACGAAAAAAUCCUUUGUCGAGUCCCAGAUAAUGAGAUGGACAUAGUUAAAAAGAUGUUGGGUAUCAUUGUGGCGGCGCGACGUCCCCUGACAAUACAAGAGAUGGCCAUUGCGUUAGGGAUUGCCACCUGCUCAAAGCCGCAAACAACAAAGCAGGCUCGGUUAGAUUCAAGCAAUUUAGAUGAAAAGCUUCGGCAGUUAUGCGGGCUCUUUGUCUUUACCAGCAAAUCCAAAAUCUACCUCAUCCACCAAACAGCCAGAGAGUUUCUCAUCAACAAAGGGGUUGAGCGACCAGAGAGUAUGGUAUGGCAAGAAUGUGUCAAUGAACAAGAUGCCGAUCGAGUCCUUUUGGAAAUUUGUGUGGCAUAUUUACACGAGGAAAUCCAAAAGGAUUUGUGCCAACUCCCCACGGGUGCAGAACAUUGCACUGAAAGUGAUGCCUUUUUGGGGUAUUCCGCAACAUAUUGGAUUGAGCAUAUGCGUAUCACAAGCGGUUUCGAGUCUCGCUUUCUUCGCCUGGCGAGUAGCCUCUGUUGUGUGACACAGACAUCAGUGUGGCUCAGAUCCGUGGAACCACCGUCCCGAUACUACUAUUGCUAUGAACAUGAGCCACUGCCGUUCUUCUGUGCAGCGAGGUGGGAAUUGGACGAUGUCGCAUACUUGCUUCUGGAAGAUUCAAAGAUCCAGAUAACAACCGAGGUUUUGGAAAAAGCUGCAGCUGAUGAGCCUGCAGUCAUGAAAUUUCUUGUGGAAUCACUUCAUCGUGGAGGCAACGAAGUCACGAUCACGGGCAAGGUCUUGGAAUCUGCCGCAGCGAACUGGCGGAGUGGACUGGACAUCAUACAGUACCUUAUAGAUCGAAAGGAUAUCGCACUAAGGAUCACACGAAGGGUCCUAAUAAUGGCCUUGAAGCAUCCUUUUGGGGGCAACAUUUUACACCUUCUACGCCCAAGAAGUUCUCUAAUAAGAAGGAUCCUCCGUAAGAAAAUCCAGAAUCACACCAGCGCACGCCUCAGCGGCAAUACCAAAUGGAACAUAAGAAGGAACAAAGUCAAGCUGAAUAUGAAGGGCAAGCAAACGUGCCGUAGUGAUUAG